GCACGCGCCGGAAGUGGGCUUGCGGACUGGGACCGGACGUCGCGGACGCUGGUGGGGCUGGGGCUCCGUGUGCCGCUUAGACCAGGCAGCUUCACGGCGUUAGGAGGCGUCCAUUGCCAUGACGGCCCAGGGCAGCCUGGUGGCCAACCGAGGCCGGCGGUUCAAGUGGGCCAUUGAGCUGAGCGGGCCUGGAGGAGGCAGCAGGGGCCGAAGUGACCGGGGCGGUGGCCAGGGCGACUCGCUGUACCCCGUUGGUUACUUGGACAAGCAAGUGCCGGAUACCAGCGUGCAAGAGACGGACCGGAUCCUGGUGGAGAAGCGCUGUUGGGACAUUGCCUUGGGUCCCCUCAAACAGAUUCCCAUGAACCUCUUCAUCAUGUACAUGGCAGGCAAUACUAUCUCCAUCUUUCCUACUAUGAUGGUGUGUAUGAUGGCUUGGCGACCCAUUCAGGCACUUAUGGCCAUUUCAGCCACUUUCAAGAUGCUAGAAAGUUCAAGCCAGAAGUUCCUUCAGGGUUUGGUGUAUCUCAUUGGAAAUCUCAUGGGUUUGGCAUUGGCUGUUUAUAAGUGCCAGUCCAUGGGACUAUUGCCUACACAUGCAUCAGACUGGUUAGCCUUCAUUGAACCUCCUGAGAGGAUGGAGUUCAGUGGUGGUGGACUGCUUUUGUGAACCUGAGAAAGCAGCACCUGGUGACCAUGUAUUUGGAUCUCAUUUACAACCUUCUUUACCCCCAGUGAUGACUCCUCAGCAUAUUCACCCCUAACAUUAUCACUCGUGCUGAAAAGAACUGAAAACACCCUUUUUUCCAGGGUGAGGAGACAUCCUAGAAAGAUAAUAUAUAUAUCACUACAAACACAAAGAAACUAUGCCACAACCCUUGACUGAAAAUAAUGUAGAAAACUUUAUUAUGUUUUCAGUAUAGAGCAACAACAAAUAAAACCGUAACUAUGUAAACAAAAGAAUAGUUGCUGCUAAACCAAGAACCACAGCAGCAUCUCCUUUCAAUAAAUUAAAUGGUCAAGAACAGUGCUUUAAAAAUAUUA